AACAUCCACCCUUCACCACACACACAUACACACACAUAUACACACACACAUACACACCACCAGGAACCCAUUUCACAAUUAACGGAUAAGGCGACAAACACUUGUCAACAACUCAGCUCGGAACGUUUAUUUCCUCACAUCGCAAUGAAAUGAGGGGAGCAUGGGGGCCAAAGAGUCGAGGAUAGGAUUCCUGUCGUAUGACGAGGCCGUUAAGAGAGUCACUGAUGUGGAGUUGAAACGGCUGAAGGAUGCCUUCAAAAGAACCAGCGGUCUCUCCUAUUAUAUGACCCAGCAAUGCUUUUACAGAGAAGUACUGGGAGAUGGAGUUCCCCCUAAAGUAGCAGAGGUGAUCUACACCUCAUUCGGAGGCUCGUCCAAAGGGCUGCACUUUAACAAUCUGAUUGUUGGUCUGGUGCUGCUCACCCGAGGACGCGAUGAGGAGAAGGCAAAGUACCUCUUCAGCCUGUUUGCCAACGAGCCGAGCGGAUAUGCCGCCAGGGAAGAUAUGGAAGCCGUUCUGCAGGUCCUGGAUGGAGAAGUCCCAUCCUCCCUCAGGAAGUGCUUCACUGAGGGUGACAAGGUUAACUAUGAGCGCUUCAGGACCUGGCUGCUGCAGAACAAGGAGGCCUUCACGCUGUCAAGAUGGCUUCUGUCCGGAGGAGUGUGUGUCACGCUUACAGACGACAGCGACACACCAACUUUCUACCAAACCUUGGCAGGCGUCACACACUUGGAGGAGUCGGACAUUAUAGACUUGGAGAAGCGUUACUGGCUGCUCAAAGCCCAGUCCAGAACCGGACGCUUUGACUUGGAAACCUUCGUCCCGCUCGUGUCUCCUCCCAUCCAUGCCUCACUGAGUGAAGGAUUGUUUCACGCUUUCGAUGAGAAUCGGGACAAUCACAUUGACUUCAAGGAGAUCUCAUGUGGACUGUCUGCAUGCUGCAGGGGGCCCGUUGCUGAAAGACAGAAAUUCUGUUUCAAAGUUUUCGAUGUGGACCGUGAUGGGGUUCUGUCUCGUGAUGAGCUCCAUGAAAUGGUGGUGGCCUUGCUGGAGGUGUGGAAGGACAAUCGCACAGACACACUCCCCGAGCUGCAGAGUAGUGUGUCAGACAUCGUAGAGGGCAUAUUGAAGAUGCAUGACACAACCAAGUUGGGUCACCUGACCCUAGAGGACUACCAGAUCUGGAGUGUGAAAAGUGCUUUGGCCAAUGAGUUCUUAAACCUGCUUUUCCAGGUUUGUCACAUAGUCCUGGGGCUCAGGCCUGCUACUCCUGAGGAGGAGGGACAAAUCAUCAGGGGUUGGCUAGAGAGGGAGAGCAGACAUGGGCUGCAGCAAGGCCAAAACUGGUUCCUCAUCUCCAUGCUGUGGUGGCAGCAGUGGAAGGACUAUGUCAAAUACGACAGUGCCUCCUGUUGUCUCCCUGUGCAGGAGCAUAAGGGCAUCGUGGUGGAGCAGCCAUCCAUCUUGAGUUCCCUGCGAACCCCGAUGGCAACAGCCACAGUAGAGCCAGCACCUCCAGACAGACUGGGAGGACUGGGAGGAGCCCACAGUCCUGUCAGCCCCACUGAGGAGAGGUCACCUGAUGCUGUGUCCAGUGCCUCCGAGGCCACAGAGUCUGCAGCCCUGAGUCCACAGGUAGCUCCCUCAGCAGCAGAGAGCUGUUUUGCCCGUCAGCACAACGUGUCAGACAACAACAAUCAGUGUUUUUCUGGAGCCAACGGUCACCUCCCCUCGCAGCUGGCCGCACAAAGACCUGGAGCCAUCGACAACCAGCCGCUGGUCAACACCGACCCCAUGAAGGCUCCGACGUUAACCUUGGAAGGUGGCAGGCUGAAGCGCUCCUUGCAGCUGGUGCCUGGUAGAGACUUUGAGACGGUGCCAGAGCCGGUGUGGCGGGCCCUCUACCACUGGUACGGUGCCAACCUCGGCCUACCGCGACCGGUAAUCAUUGAGAGCAAGACGGGCCAACCCGAGCUGGAGCUGUUCCCCCGGUACCUGCUCUUCCUCCGCCAGCAGCCCGCCACCCGCUCCCCUCAGUCCAACAUCUGGGUCAAUAUGGGUAUGACCAGCCUGCGAAUGUUUCCACCGUAUUUCCCCCCACCAAGAGGAAGUGUGCCAUCCCCCAAUGCCCCUCUGAAGAGGGUGUUGGCAUACACAGGCUGCUUCAGCCGCAUGGGCACCAUCAAAGACAUCCACCUGUACCUGUCCCAGAGGCUCCGCAUCAAGGAAGAAGACAUGAGACUGUGGCUGUACAACAGUGAGAACUACCUCACCCUCCUGGACGAUGAAGAUCACACACUUGAAAGUCUGAAGAUUCAUGAUGAGCAGCAGCUAGUGAUUGAAGUCAGGAACAAAGACAUGAGCUGGCCUGAGGAAAUGUCAUUUAUCGCGAACAGCAGUAAGAUGGACAGACACAAAGUCCCGACAGAGAAAGGAGCCACUGGCCUUAGUAACCUUGGCAACACCUGCUUCAUGAACUCCAGUAUCCAGUGUGUGAGCAACACCAAGCCUCUGACAGACUACUUCAUCUCAGGGAGACACCUCUACGAGCUCAACAGAACCAACCCCAUUGGGAUGCGAGGUCACAUGGCCAAGUGUUACGGUGAUCUGGUGAUGGAGCUAUGGAGUGGAACGCAGAAGAAUGUAGCUCCGCUCAAACUCAGGUGGACAAUAGCAAAGUACGCCCCACGCUUUAACGGGUUCCAGCAGCAGGACUCCCAGGAGCUGCUGGCCUUUCUGCUGGACGGACUCCACGAAGAUCUGAACAGAGUCCACGAGAAGCCAUACGUGGAGCUGAAGGACAGUGAUGGCCGUCCUGACUGGGAGGUGGCUUCUGAGGCAUGGGAGAACCAUCUACGCAGGAACCGCUCCAUCGUGGUGGAUCUGUUCCACGGUCAGCUCAAAUCCCAGGUCAAGUGUAAGACCUGCGGCCACAUCAGCGCUCGCUUCGACCCCUUCAACUUCCUCUCCCUGCCUCUGCCCAUGGACAGCUCCAUGCAUCUGGAGAUCACAGUCAUCAAACUGGAUGGAUCUACCCCUGUUCGAUAUGGCCUGAGGUUAAAUAUGGAUGAGAAGUACACUGGGCUGAAGAAACAGCUGAGUGAACUGUGCAGCUUGAAGCCUGAACAAAUCCUACUGGCUGAGGUUCAUACCUCCAACAUCAAGAACUUCCCUCAGGACAACCAGAAGGUCCGCCUAUCUGUCAACGGUUUCCUGUGUGCUUUUGAGGUCCCAGUGCCGGGUUCACCUACAUCACUUACUUCACCCACCCUGACCGUAGAUAUCACUCCAAUAGCCAACGGCUCAGCUGCUAAUGGGCACCUGGGAAAUCAGCCCAUCCUUAUCCCCAACGGCGGACCCAACACCAUGGUGCCAUGCAGCCCAGACACGCCGCUGCCCAACGGGGUCGCCAACGGACACGUCACACCAGUGCAGGAGAGCCCAUUCAUUGGGUACAUCAUUGCCAUGCACAGGAAGAUGAUGCGCACAGAGCUCUACUUCCUGUCAGCUCAGAAGAACAGGCCCAGUCUUUUCGGGAUGCCGCUCAUCGUUCCCUGCACUGUCCACACUAGUAAGAAGGACCUGUACGACGCUGUAUGGAUCCAGGUGUCCCGACUGGCCAGCCCAUUGCCACCACAAGAAGCCAGCAACCACGCCCAGGACUGUGAUGACAGUAUGGGUUACCAGUACCCCUUCACUUUACGGGUUGUGGGUAAGGAUGGCAACUCUUGUGCAUGGUGCCCCUGGUACAGGUUCUGCAGAGGCUGUACAGUAGAGUGUACAGAGGACAGAGCGUCUGUGGGAAAUGCAUACAUCGCUGUGGACUGGGACCCCACCGCUCUUCACCUUCGGUACCAGACCUCCCAGGAGAGGAUUGUGGAGGAGCACUGCAGUGUGGAGCAGUCCCGCCGGGCCCAGGCUGAGCCCAUCAGUCUGGACAGCUGUCUGAAGGCCUUCACCAGCGAGGAGGAGCUGGGAGAGGACGAGCUCUACUACUGCUCCAAGUGCAAGACCCACCGGCUGGCCACAAAGAAGCUGGACCUGUGGAGGCUGCCGCCCAUCCUGAUCGUCCAUCUGAAGCGCUUCCAGUUUGUGAACGGUCGCUGGAUCAAGUCUCAGAAGAUUGUCAAGUUUCCGCGGGAGAAUUUUGACCCCAGCGCCUUCCUGGCUCCCAGAGACCUGGAGCAGCACUGCCUCCACUCCCGCAGCGAGAGCGAAGAUCUGCUGAGGGUCGGUGAGGACAACCUGUCCUCCAUCUCUGCCCCGGCAGGAUUCUGCAACCUUCCCAAAGCUUCCCCUGCCUCGAGCAGGAAGUCAGCACCUUCUCUCAGCCGGACUAGCAGCCCCUCCGGUAGCCCUAAGACCGGCAGCGGGGGCCGCAGGCCCGGUAGACUGCGCCUCCCCCAGUUGGGCAGCAGACACCGCCUCUCCAACAGCAAGGAGAACCUGGACGGGGUGGCCAACCCUGAGGCUGAUCCGCGGGACAGCACACCACAGGCAGACACAGAGGCCAGCGCAGCGGCCGGGUCGGGCCCCCCUGUGUCAGCAGACGCACCGGGCUCAGAGUCCUCCUGUGGUACAGAGGCGUCCAGCAGCCACUGUGACGUGGUUCUGAUGAACGGCGACAGCAACGGACUGGGCUCCGACUGCAGCACAGAGGGCAGCACGGACCCUGACAGCUCACUGCUGCAGCACAGAGACAACAUGUGUCUGGACGCCAUCUACAACCUCUAUGCAAUAUCAUGCCAUUCAGGAAUCAUGGGAGGUGGCCACUAUGUGACAUAUGCCAAAAACCCCAAUGAGAAGUGGUACUGUUACAAUGACAGCAGCUGCAAGGAAGUGCACUCUGAGGAGAUUGACACUGACUCCGCCUACAUCCUGUUUUAUGAGCAGCAGGGUGUCAAUUACUCCCAGUUCCUGCCAAAGAUCGAUGGCAAGAAGAUGGCCGACACCAGUAGCAUGGACGAAGACUUUGAGUCCGACUACAAGAAGUACUGUGUCCUCCAGUGAUCACAUGUUGUCUUCCCAUCAGCCAGCACUAUGCCCGCUCGCCGCUUCUUCUUCUUCCUGCUUUUGUCGGCAGGCAGCACCAGACGCUCGGAUAACUUUGAUCACUACUCACAAACUGCAAAAGGCCGGAGUGGGACUGUGGCCUCUUUGCCCUUAGGGAAGUGUCGCAGCACUUUUUACACUUGAUCGUGACCAUGAAUUGGACGGUUUGCCCUGUCAACGAUGAAGCCCCGGUGAAAAGCACUAAACUGGUGCACUUUGCUGAGCCUGACGAAACAAAGAAAACCCUCAAGUCAUUUCUUCCCCUUUGUGAACAG